AUGGACAUCGAUGAUUUGACCGUUGACAAUACCUAUCAAUUGGGAGGGUCGGAUGAUGAGAGAGAAAGAGCUCAAAAUGCUGCUCUGAUAGAAGAGCUAGAUAGGAAGAAGAGGUUCAGGAAGAUGGCAGUUCCUACUGAUGAUAAGAAAGUUAAAGAGAGGUUGAGAGCUUAUGGUGAACCCAUUACACUGUUCGGAGAAGGCCCAGGGGAUAGGAGAGAUCGGCUGAAAUAUAUACAAGAACAAAUACAACAAGCUAGAGGAACGGAUGGGAUGGAUGUUGAUGAUGAUUCAGAUGAAAGUAGUGACGAGGAAGAUGAAGAGGGAGAGUUUUAUACAGAGGGAUCAGAUGCGUUAUUGGAGGCGCGAAGGAAAUUAGCUAGAUAUUCAUUAUCCAAAGCGCGUACACGUAUAGCGAGACAAAGGGUGGAAGUUGGAUUACCGUUAGGUAAAAUUGUUAAUUUGCGUAAAUCAGUGUUCUCAGAAUUAAAGACAUUCAACAAUUUGGGAUCACAAUUUGGUGAUGAUAGACCAUUAUCAACUAUAAGAUUUUCACCAAAUGGACAAUAUAUCUUAACUUCAUCUUGGACGGGUGAUAGUAAAAUAUGGGAUUUACCAAAUUUAAAUCUUGUGUCUACCAAAAAGGGUCAUACGGAUAAGAUAGGUGGUUCAGCUUGGCAUCCACAAGCUACACUUGGUAAUUCCGAAGAUGGCUUAAAUUUCGCUACUGGUGGUGGAGAAGGCACGGUGAAAUUAUGGUCAUUAACUGGUGAUAAACCACUAGCGACAUUAUCAGGACACGAGAAUCGUGUAGGUAGAGUAGCGUUCCAUCCAUCAGGUUCAUAUUUAGGUUCAGCAGGUUUCGACGGUACAUGGAGAUUAUGGGAUGUUGAAACACAUCAAGAAUUAUUAGUACAAGAAGGACAUAGUAAAGAAGUUUAUUCACUCGCAUUUCAGGAUGACGGUGCUUUGGUCGCUUCUGGUGGAUUCGACGCUAUUGGAAGAGUGUGGGAUAUAAGAACGGGUAGAACAGCUAUGGUUUUAGAUGGACAUGUGAAAGAAAUCUUAGCAAUGGAUUUCGCGCCUAAUGGCUAUCAAGUAGCGACGGGAUCAGGAGAUGACACCGUACGAAUAUGGGAUCUAAGAGCGUUGAAAACACAAUAUAUAAUUCCAGCACAUAAAUCAUCUGUAUCAGAUGUUAAGUUCUUCAGAUCGUCAAAUGAGAUCUCGUCAAUAUCAUUAAAUGGUAACCUACCUUUAUCAGGUGAUGUUAAAGGUGGUGUACUUGAUUCUACGAUGGAAAUUGAUCCAGAUCAAGAUAAAGAACAAGAUAUAUCAGAGAUUGGGAUCGAGACUCAAGAAGAUGAAGAUGUGAAACCUGAUACGACCUCGAACGGAUUGACAUCGAACGGAGGUGGAAACUCAAUUGAACAAGGUGAAUUACCAAAAUCAGGUUUAUUCUUGGUGACAGCUGGAUUCGAUUGUAAUGUUAGAAUAUGGUCAGCGGAUGAAUGGUCUUUAAUCAAGAAUUUACCUACAGACGCAGGUAAAGUGAUGAGUGUAGAUACAAGUUCAGAUGGAAAAUUCAUAGCUUCUGCUAGUUACAGUAGGAGUUUCCAUCUGUUCGGUGGUGAUAAUAGUUUAUAG